AAUUAAGAUGGGUAGAUCUCCAUGUUGUAAUGAUGUUAGUGAGCUAAAGAAGGGACCUUGGACACCGGAAGAAGAUGAAUUGCUGGUCUCUUAUAUCCAAAAAAACGGCCUUGGAAGUUGGCGUGCUCUUCCUAAGGCGGCCGGGUUGAAUCGGUGUGGUAAGAGUUGCAGAUUAAGAUGGACUAAUUACUUGAGGCCGGAUAUUAAACGUGGUCGUUUUACUGAAGAUGAAGAAGACAUGAUUAUUAAGCUUCAUUCUGUUCUUGGGAACAAGUGGUCAAGAAUUGCAGCUCAUCUACCAGGAAGAACAGAUAAUGAGAUUAAGAAUUAUUGGAACACACAUUUAAGGAAGAAGCUUCUACAAAUGGGUAUUGAUCCAGUUACUCACAAACCAAGAAAUGAUCUUAAUCUCUUAGCUAAUCUCUCUCAACUUCUUUCAACAACCCCACAAAAUUUAGGGUACAACCCUUUAUCAAAUUGGGACAUCAAUAAUGCCCUUAGAAUACAACCAAACGUUGCAGCUGAAGUAGCCAAAUUACAAGUCCUACAAAACAUAUUCCAAAUCCUAAACACAAGCAAUAAUUCAUCCCCUAAUAUUGACCAUAAUAUGGCAUUAAACUUGGGAUUAAUUCCUAAUGUUAAUGGUAUUAUUGGCAAUAAUAAUAAUAAUAAUAAUAAUAAUAAUAAUAAUCCUAUGUGUUCAACCUCUCAAGGGUUUUAUCAAGCUCCAAAUUACGGUCCAAACCAAACUAUAGUUGAUCAUAAUAAUAAUAAUAAGUAUGAUUAUACACAAGAAUUGUAUAAUACAAGUUUGGAUAUUAAUCAUAAUAAGAGCUUAAGUAGUAGUACAACUUGUGAAACCCUAGACGAAAAUCGACUUCCUUCAUUGGUUAACUUUUCUCCAAAGGGUUCAACUAUUAACCAAAUUGAGAGUAACACAAACUCUACAAAUGGAUCCUGUGUCUUGACUCCCACGGCAACUGCUGAGUUGUUUGAAGGUUGGGAGAAGCUUUUGGAUGAUGGCAAUAGUGACUUUUGGAAAGAAUUCAUUAAUUAACCCGGCGAUAAGCUUCGUAGCAGCACCAACUUCGUCGUGCAUGCAUGGGCCGCAUGGCGGCAUGGAGGCCGUAUCUUCUUCCGUGAGAUUCAAGAAAAAUGUGUUGAACUGAGUUAAACACUUAUAAAAAAAUUGUUUCAAAUUCUUUUUAUUUAUUUAUUUAUUUUCUGGUAUAUUAGGGGGUGAUUGAACAUACGUAUAAGGCAUACACACUUGUAUAAAGCCUUACGGGUCGGAUCAAAUUUUUCAUUGUUUGAUUUGUAGAGAUUGUCACAUUUUGUCGAGUUUAUUGUACACAUAGAAGUAUAUAGAUCGAAUACAGUUGUACGAAGUAUUUUCUAUAUAUAAUUAGGAUCGAAAAUAAUUUAGUCAUAUUCUGUUAUACCUAUACUUCAUUCUAUUUAAC